CUGCUCAACACAUUACACAACCAACCACAAACACCUUUAGGCCUCCAGUAGCAAAGGAAAGCGCAUGCCAAACAUUUUUCUUCUGCAUGUGACUCAGUCAGUUCCGUUCACCUCAGCCUGCCCUCCCAUGUGCUACUCCCAUGUCUCUGUUACCACGGCCCGUUGAACUGGCUGAGCUCUUCCCACGUUCCCUUCCGCCUAGGCUUGUCCCAGAGUAAAACUAUGUGUUCUUAGACUCUGGAUGCCCUAACCACAUCCAUACGCAAGUGAUAUUUGGUAAUGUGCUUUGACAAGAAACACUUCUCCAUCUCCAAUCCUCCAGCUUUUAAAGCUACAACAUGCAACUUUUUGAAUACAUAUUUUAUUCGAACUAUUUUAACUUGAACGCUGUCUUGGAUUAACCAUUUUGGUAUUCCUCUGCCUAUACACUAAGCAAGCUAUGGGCCAGCGAUCAACAGUGGGAAGCCUUCUGUUUUUCCUCUGGCUAAAUGGGAUCUGUUCAGGAUUUAAACUGGAGAAUUGUACCUACUACAACAGAACGUUUGAGAGUGUUUACUCUGUUCCCGGGGAUAUGGCUAUGCUGAAUAGCACUCUGGUGUCUUCAGACACCUUCAACUUCACAACUGUCCCUUACAACAUCACCUGGUACAACUUAAAGACCGGCCGAGAAAUGAGCAACCAGACCGGUCGAAUCCUGGUGCACAGGGAGACUCUGUGGUUUCUUAACGUAACGGUGGACGAUAUUGCAGAAUAUGUAUCUAUACUAAGAACUCCCUCUCGGUGCUACAGGCAGGGGAUCAAGCUGGUAGUUGAUCUGCCCAUUGCUGGACAGUGUGGAAGACCAAAGAAAGCCUUUCAAACACUUACAUUGGGAGUCACUGACAAAGUGAGCUGUCCUCUGAAGGACUACAUCACUAAACUGGACAGCUACAACAUCACUUCCUCCAUCAAGUGGUACAGAGGUUGUGACCUCAUCGUGGAUGGGACAGGCAAGUUUACCUACAUGGAUAAGGCCAUACUGAAAAUUGAAAGCGUGGAAGCUGAAAACAACUUGUACACCUGUACUCUGAGCUUUACUCUCGGUGGCAUUACGGGAUCAGUGUCAGAGACCAUUGACGCAACAGUCUCAGCUAGGUACUCUAUGACUCCACAAGUGCGCGAACCGGCCAAUGAAAUAAUCAAGGCACAGCUGGGGUCCAAUUUCAGCAAGCGGUGCCUGGUAUUUGUGCCAUGUGUCGGGAGGCCCUCAGUUGAUAUCGUUUGGUCGGUCAGAAACAAUUACAUUAUGUAUACCACACCCCCUGACCGUGUCUCCACGUCAAAACUAAAUUUGUCUAUGCAGGAUGAUCCUCAAGGUGCAUGGUUGGAGCUUCUGCUGAUUAUUUCUGAGCUAAGGGAGGAGGAUUUCAACAUCAACUACACUUGUCAAGCAGUCAGUGACAGGGGCUCUCCUAAGGGAUAUUUUACUCUGCUACCCACAGAUCCCAACAUCAUACUACCCAUUGGAUCUGUGCUCGGUGGUAUGACGGUUCUCUUUAUCAUCAGUGUCACCAUCUACUACCUUUUUAAGGUUGACAUUGUGCUGUGGUUCAGGAAAGCGUUUCCUGUCCUCUACACAAAUACAGAUUUGGAUGGGAAGCUGUAUGAUGCCUAUGUGGCAUACGCACAGCCCCGUGCCAUUGGAUUUAGCAAGGAAGUGGAAGAGUUUGCUCUUUGCACACUACCCCAAGUGUUGGAAAAUGCCUGCGGCUACAAACUCUUCAUAGGAGGCCGUGACUGCAUGCCUGGAAAGGCCAUAGUGGACUCAGUGGAAGAGAACAUACAAGCCAGUCGCCGCCUUCUUCUGCUCUACACCGCCUCUACUUUCAUCAGCAAAAGACACACAAGCAGCACUAGUAGCAAUAAUAACAACAUCUCUAAGAGCAGUGAUAACAAUGAAUGGAAGACAGGGGACCGCAGUGGCAGCAUGAGUUUUGAUGGUAGUGAAGACGUCUAUCCCGACUCCAGACAGCAGUUGGAGUGUAUGGCAGCAAUGCACAGAGCACUUCUGGAGGGAUCUCUCAAGGUAAUUCUUGUAGAGUUGGAAGAGAUCAGCCCGGCUCAGCUGGCUCUCUUUCCAGAGUCAGUACGUCACCUGAGGAAAAAGCAGGGUGCCGUGUGUUGGUGGAAGAACCUGAGAACAAGGCAAAGGUGGAGGACAUGUGUGAGGAGGAGAGAGGACGAGGAGAAAGGGGGACAGGCCACGCAGCUGUCCCCUUCCCUCUCCCCUUCCUCUAGGUUUUGGAAGGAGUUGAGGUUUAGUAUGCCGGUGAGGGGCAAGAGGGCAUCGUACCCCGAGAAAACUGCCCUGCUGAACUUAUGAUGGGAAUAUGAACCAGAGAGCAGCUGGUUGCCAGUGCACAAAUGUGUUUGGCAGCGAAACCCCUCACACACAGACAAUUCAGAAAUACUGACCAGAAGCUGUGAAGUAAACGCUCCGA